UGCAAAUUCACUAAUGUCAUCCGCUUCGGUUGGAUCAAGCCAAAAAACCAUACCUUUCCAAGGACUUAUCACAGCCAACAUCCAAUGCUUACUGCACAAAAUUAAUUAGUAAAGAAAAGCUAGAAAUAGUGAUGAAAGUGGCAUUUCCAAGAAAAUCAGUACUGAGGUAUUCAUUUGCUGUUGGGUUAUUUUCCCAUGACGUCUGCUAACCCUUGAGAAACGCAGCCAAGAGGGCAAGUGGUUCCUACCGCUCCUCUCCCGCAGGUAACACUAUGUUUCCUAGUUUGCUCACAAGAGGGGUUGAUAUACAAAGUGCCUGCACAAGAGCUAUAAUAUGCAGUUUCCUAAUAUGCAGUUUCCUGAAUUAUGUAUUGUGUAUUUAUCCCGAAUGCCACCUAAGCCCGUGUACAUCGUUCUAAAAUGUAGUUUUAGCCGAGAUUUAGUUAAAUGUCGCCUAAAUUACCUUCUCUAGCCGCCCUAUUAGCUUUCUCCUCCCCUUGUUCUCCACUUCAUCCAACAGGGGUUUGUAUAUGGAUUUAGAGAGAAAUCUCAUAAUUGUUGGAAUUAUAAAUGUAAGUGUAGCUACACUUACUGUAUUUCUGGUUGUAGGCUGUUGCUAAAUUGGUUGUGUAGCUGCUACGUUUUGGUUUUCAGUUUGCAGUGUGUGAUCUUUUUGUUGAUGUACUGCUGUUUUUUUCUUGUUGUGUGGAGUUUUGCUGCCUGUACAGUUAGGAGCACAAGUAUUUGCUGGUGGUUGUUCUAUCGUGGCUGCUGCUUGUCUAACUGUUGGGUUAAUCUGGAAUACUUGCUAGCUGCAAUUCUGCUUUGAAUAGUAGUUUGAUUUGGGGAUUAAUUUUGUGGGUGAAAAGAAUUGGUUCUUGUUUUUAUAAUACAGUUAUGUUAUUUUUGUAAAAAUUAAGUUUGAUUGUUAUAAUACAGUUAUAUUUGGUUGUUUUUGUGAACUAGUGUGUGGACUUUAAGGAUUGAUUAUGAUUAUGGGGAGUUUAAGGAUGAGCCUAAAAUGAGGAGGACUAGGUCAUUUGGGGAUGUUGGUGAAUCAAACGGCCGGGAGGAAGAUAAGGUUGUCACUCCAUUAAGGGAUUGGAUGCCCGAGAGGAUUUUUGCAAAGAUGAGUCACCUGCAGAGGCUUUUAGAUCGUUUCUUAGCAUGUAGGCCAACUGGAAUGGAAAAGAAUAGCAGGAUGAUACUCGUUGCUUUAUCCCCAGUUGUGAGGGAAAGUUUCAAGCUUUAUGCUGAUAUAUGUGAGGUUCUAGCUGUUUUGCUGGACAAAUUCUUUGACAUGGAGAAUUCAGAUUGUGUCAAGGCUUUUGAGGCUUAUGCUAGUGCUGCAGAAAGUUGAAAAAUACAAAGAGCAGCAAGUUGGUUCUGCCAAAGGUGGCCAACACGAAAGCUUGGUCUUUAAAUCUUCAGUUUCUUGGAUGAAAGUCUUAUGAAUAUGCCCAAGUUAACAUUUCUUAAA